AGCUACGUGUACGUGGACUCGCGUGCGCGUGAGACUGGGGUUUAGCUACAGUCCAGUGUUUAGCGAAGAGGUAACAGCCGCUAACAAGAUGCACAGUUAUCGCCAUGUACAUUAUGGAAGUAACUGACAGCUAAUGUAUACCUGUUCAGUUAGAAAAGCCACAGACGUUGUUCGUCAUAGACACUAGCAGCAGAAAUGGCGGGGAUUAUUAAAAAGCAGAUUCUGAAACAUUUGUCAAGGUUCACCAAGAACCUGUCCCCAGACAAGAUCAACCUGAGCACACUGAAGGGGGAGGGGCACUUGUCCAACCUGGAGCUAGAUGAAGAGGUUCUUCAGAACAUGCUGGACCUGCCAACCUGGUUGGCCGUCACACGGGUCUACUGCAAUAAGGCCGCCAUUAGGAUACAAUGGACAAAAUUGAAAACAAGCCCCAUCUGCCUGUUCUUGGACAAAGUUGAGGUUGAGAUGAGGACAUGUGAGGAGCCCCGUCCACCUAACGGCCCCUCUCCUAUUGCCAUAACAGCAGGACAGAGCGAGUAUGGCUUUGCGGAGAAAGUGGUAGAGGGCAUGUCUGUCCGGAUCAACUCCAUUACCAUCAAGGUUCAGGCUCGUGCCUUCCACGCCUCCUUUGAGCUGUGGCAGCUGCAGGGCAACAGCCUCAACCCCAAGUGGCAGCGCAGUGACCUUCGCUACACCCGCAUCACAGACCCCAGGAGAGGAGAGGUGUUAACAUUUAAAGAAAUUAACUGGCAGAUGCCAUUGAGAGUGACAGGCGCCUCAUGCAGAGUAAGGCUGGAUUUUUAAUGCACAUGCACUUGCUUGUCACAUGUGGAAGGAUUUGAGAUAAAUACCCAUUCCUUUGUCAUAAGUCUUUGACUUCAUAAUUAUUUCUAGAUAAAGGACUGUAACGUGCUGGCGUCCAAGCUGCUUUUUAUUCUGGAUGACCUGUUGUGGGUACUGACAGACUCUCAGCUCAAAGCCAUCAUUCAUUACGCCAAAUCUCUGAGUGAGGCCAUGGAGAAGUCAGCCCAGCAGAGGAAGAGCAUGACUGCUGAAUCCUUACAGACGGCUCCUCCCUCGCCUGUGAUCCACAGCCUCUGGACUGAACCCCCGCCUUCCUCCACCAGCACCCCCAACACCAUCAGUCAGUACUUUGAUCUGUAUGAUGUCAAGGAGUCAUCCUACCACACCUUCAUAUCACGCUUGGACUUACACAUAUGCAAUGACAGUUCUUCAGUGGAUGAAGAUGAGCCUCCCCCGCCGGGCCUGCAGGGUGCAAUGCAGCUUACCUUUCGGAAGCUGGGCUUUGACUACUAUCCCAUUCACAGACCUGCUGACGGGUGCCGACAUUGGGAACGCUACGGCGGAGCCAUGGAGGCGCAGGCUCAGUGGGCGGGAAAACUGCUGCAGGAAUACCAGAGGAGAGCCGAGGCCUGUGGUUUUCCAGGGCCGUACUCUGAGGGGCCGGCCAAAGAUUCUCCUGCAAAGACUGCCAAGGAUGGACAGACUAGCCCCAAGACAAACCCGUCUGACAAAGAGCAGGCAGCCAGCAGGAACUCAAUAACCGCUUCUUUAAAUUCAAUCCUGAAAAGGUUGCGAUCUAGCUGCGUGGUGAUCAGGAUGGAUGAUGUGGACAUUCACCAGGUGUCUACAAGGGGCCGUCACAACAAGAAGACUCAUUCUUUAAUAUCCUGCAACCGGAAAGCUCUGCAUCUGCCAGAUAACGUCCCAGCAGUUCAUCUGCAGUUCACAGAGUAUUACUUCCCUGACAACUCCAAUUUACCAGUCCCCACUUCAAAUCUGUAUGUCCAGUUGAACAGCCUGCAGCUGUGUGUGGACGCAGCCAGCUUGCUGUGGAUCAAUCUGUUCUCCAGGGGUCUUCUGCAGACCCUGGACCAGGUCAAAGCUUUCUACCAUUUGCAAGACAGUAAAAAGGCUGACGAGCAUGUAGACAUCCGUAUGGACGCAGCUAACCUUAAGCUGAUUAUACCUCUGGAUUCCUCAAUACUGGACCAUCCCGAACGCCCACAGUCACUCUCUGUUAUUGUCCCCCAAAUGGUUUUCAGCAACACUCGCUACUGCCCUCAUGGCUCCACCGCUGACCUCAGCAGCGUUUGUGAAAAAUUUACCAGCUGCCCUUUCUUCCAGUCGACUCCACCUUGUCCUUACCCCAGAGAACCGAGUGCCUUCCACCCCGUUCCUGCCACUUUCCUUCGGCACGCUCAAGAAACCGAGCCGCAGCCUCUGGACAGGAAGCAGCCGCGAUCCCAGGACAUCUGGUCUCUCAGUUUGUCCCGCGUUGUGCUUGGUUUUGACGGAGCUCGGCGAUUCCCCAAAGGGAAAACUCAACCAUUUGUUGAGCCGUUCGCCACGUCGGUAUGGAUGUGCCAGCCGUCUGCCUUUAAGAGUUAUUCGUGGUCUUCCCUCUCCAGUCCUCAGCAGGAUGACGUCUCCUUUGCUUCUGUCCACUUCCUGGCACACACCAUCACCCCACUAAAGGUGUGGCUCAAUCACUACCAGUACGUUGCCCUGCUGAGGAUGAAGGAUGCCAUGGUUCGACUGGGGGCAGAGUUGAGCCGGGAUCUGCAAGGUGAUAAACAAACUCCUGGCCGGAAAUCCAAACCACCUACAGUUUGUCUUGCUCUUCUGGUGGACGCAGUGGAAGUGGGUCUGCUGUUGCCCCCCGCCACCGCUGCCCCAGAGGAAGAGCUUCCCCAGACUCCGGAAACAGACAGCCCCAGCAUGACAGACUCGGACAUUUCCCCGACUCAUCACUCUGACAACAGCAUCCUGGAGGACAGUGGUUUGGAAAACGGCAUCUCCUCCGUCAACGUGGAUCAGGAGGACCAAGAUGGCAUGGUGGAGCAGGCUUACGAGGCCGUAGAGGAGGAGCAGGAGGAGGCAAAGGAGAACGGAUUGGCAGCGGAGGAGGAGACGCCCGGUCUCUCCCCUCCUCUCUCACUCGGACCCUCCCCAGUGAUUUCUCGCGAAUCGUCCACCUUCAGCCUGGAGGGGGAGCUGACGAGUGCAAUCAGCGUCACCAAGGAUGCCACCAAAGACGCCAUCAGUGCCUCAUUGGAUCUAACCAAAGGGGCUUUCUCCAUAACGAAAGAUGCCUUCAGCAUGCUGAGCCGAGGCUCUGGAAUGAGUAAACUGUUCAGUGCUCAGCCCAGGGAGCUGAAUCCGCGUUCAGAAGAGUCAUCCCCUAAUCUGCAUCACCAAUCCUUGAAGCAUUCGCACUCCCAGCAGUCCUUUGAUAGUGCCAUCUUGGACGGCAGCCUCCCUGAUGAAAACCUGUCUAUCGAUAGUGAUUUCAGUGACAAUUUUGUUGUUCUCAUGGACUCGGAAUCAGGUGUGGAGUCUUUGCGCCUGAACAAUACACCUGCAGGCAGCCGUGGAAGCCCCGCCCCGGGGACAGAGGGGGGAUCAUCAGCUGAUCUCAGCAGUUCUCUCUCUCAAAGCACUGAUGACGUCUCUCAGGAUUUGUCCUCAGUGUUGCUUCUGAUCCUGAGUGGGACAGCGUGUACCAUGGAGGUACAUGGAGAAGACCAAAUAGUUGCUGUCCAAGCGCAGAAUUUAACCCCAGUGCAGCUGGGAAACGUCCGACAAUCAGACAUCCUGGCUGGUCUCGUACAAGCUGCAGGUGAACCGUCUCAGAAGGAGGGUUGCAGGAACUCUCCAGCGCUCUUGUUGCGGGCGGAAAUUGGCCCGUCUGCGGCUCAGCGCUCUGCUCUGGAUGAGUCACUGGGUUUUCUGGAUGUGAAACUUCAGGAUUGCCAGGCAGAGUUUUUAGCCUCAACAGUUACCAACAUCGGCCCUUUCCUUGAAGAUGAGUUCAGUGUAGAUGGCCAGCCAAUAAGAUUACACUUGUCCAACGUCACUGUAAUUUUAAAGGAUGAUGGUCCCAGAAUCUACCCCACUGCUCCCCAACCUGUCCCUGCCAAAUUCAUUAUAGAUCAGCUGCUGCUCCAGCGAAGCGAUGAUGGAAUUAUGAGAAUCAAAGCUGAGGGUGCAAACACUAAACCCUUAGCAGGUGUUGCUGCUGCCGGGUUUGACACUUUUAAUGGCGCCGACUUGGUCCAACAGCAAAGUAAGAGUCGAACACUGGAGAGCCAACUCUGGGACACUCAGGCAGCCCUCACACAGGCCCUGACUGAAAGAGAGCGCCUCCUCCAGGAAGUAAGGAAGUACGACCCCACCUUUACACUCUAAUCCUCUUUAGACGCUGACCUCUAACCUCUGGGGCUGCUGAAGAACGACGACUUUAUUUUCUCAAGCUUGAUGCUGAGAAUAGAGCAGAGCUCAAUUAAAUCAUCUCUAAAGAUAAAUCCAAGAAAACGGGCGGUGGAUCCAAACCGUGGCUUCAUAUCACCUCCAACUGGCUCACACAGUCCAGGAGAUUACAAACAAACCCCCUGCAGCUGUUACUAAAAAGCCAGGGUCUGUUGAGUUCAUUUUUAGGUACACAAUGGUUCCUUUUUAUUUCUGGCAGUUUAGAUAUUCAAGCCAGAUACGCUUAAUAAAUUUACUCUGGUUUUUAUCUCAAACAAAUCAGGGUGGUGGGAAGUCAUUGUGUGGUUUUAGUGUAAAACAAGGCAUGCAACAUGAUCAAGCUCUAAAUUUUUCCACUUAUUAUUGUGCAUUAUGGAAUUGUUGCACAGACACUGCCGGACAGCUGCUAGUCCAUCAGUCCCUUCUUUUACACUGCAUGCUUAAUUAGCAGUGCUAAUUCAAU